AUGAUUCAACCAAAAAUUGUUUUAGAACUGAUGGUAUAUAUUAUGAUAAGACAAGAAGGAGGUGGAGAGUUACUUGACAAGAAGAAGGAAAAAAUAAAUACUAUUGAUGAGCAACGAACUUUGAAAAGAAUAUGUGUGGAUAACGAUAAAGUUGAUAAUGAGCAAGUAUCGGUUCAGAUGGAAGAUCAAUCAUAUAAUCAAAUUCGUGUUCUAGAAGAAGGAGGCGUAAAGUAUCUUGAGGUUAAACUUAAUGAUAAAUAUAAUCACGUGAUGCUCUAUGAUAUCGAAGAUUAUGAACUUAGUGAUAAAGAAUCAAAGAAUGAAGCAAUUCAAUUUAGGAAGUCGAUUGAUGCUCAGCGUAUUCAAAAUAUAACAUCUAAAGUUAACGAUUUAGAGGAAGGUGAAAUUUAUGAUCCGAUGGAAUAUGAGGAUAUCAACAAAGAUCUUAGUGAUCAUGGUUAUACUCAAGAAGAUGAAGAUCAGAUUUCGAAUUUUAUAGAAUUGGAGGAGAAUAGCAUUGAUAUCGAUCAUGGUGAUAUCGAUCAAGAAGGGAUUUUUGAUAUUGAAUUAGUACCAAUGAAUACUUCAGAACAUGUGAAUAAUCAGGAGUAUAAUGUGGAAGGGGUGUUCGAUUUUGAGAAGUUUAACGAUGAUCAAUUUAGCGAACAAAGUUGGAUUGAUCGAUUUUUAGAUAUGUAA